AAAGCGAAAUGGUUGUAACUUGUGAUAUACAAUUCCAUCAGAAUGAGUUCGGCACUUAUUUUUCCGGUCAACUGGUGGAUGGAUCGGUGGUGCUAAAGGCAGAUAAGCCAAAAGACGUUAAAGCUGUGAUUUUGAACAUAUCCGGAUUCGCUAUUACAAAAUGGCGUGAGAAAAGAUUUAAUAAAAAGCGAACUUAUUUUGGACGUGAAGAUUAUAUGGAAUCGAAAACUUUUUUGAUGGGAUCAGAAACAAGUCAAAAGUACACCAUACAAUCAGGCAUUCAUACUUACAAUUUCGCCUGCAAGCUACCAGAGAACUGUCCGACUUCAUUUGAAGGCCUGCAUGGCUGUAUAAGAUACAUAGUCAAGGUGACGCUGGUUAUACCUUGGAAAUUCAACCAGACCUACUCACGAGGAUUUACCGUCAUGAAAAUGCUCGACCUUAACUACGAAUCGCCACAAUUAAAGGUUCCAUCUACCUCAGAGAACUACCGAUCGUACUGUUGUGGUCCCUGUAAAACUGAACCACUCAAAGUGCAAGUACAACUGCCACAAACCGGCUAUGUGCCCGGACAGCGCAUUCCUGUCAAUGCAUUGGUUAUUAACAACACCAACAUACCAGUAGCUGAGGUGCACUACGCGCUUGUCAUGGUUGUACGCUAUUCUGGUCAAGCGGUACAACAGAACUCAUGCCUGGAACGCAUUACUAUGGCCACAGCAAAGGGAGGGUCUGUAUUGCGCAACUGCACACGUUCGCUGACGCAAGAGUUGCUUGUGCCGGCCACACCACCAACGUGCUUGCGUUCUUGCGGCAUUAUACGCAUAACCUAUCAGGUGGAGGUUGAGGCGCGCAUGAAGGGCUGGUAUUCUAGUCAAACGAUUACGAUACCCAUACUAAUUGGUAAUGUGCCGCUGUGGCAAACGCCACCGGUCAUACAGCAGCAGCCACGCAGCAGUCGUAUGCCGAUUGUCAGUGAAGAAGUUAUUUUGGAAGGAGAUGAAAAUGCAGUGGAUUGCUUUAAGGUUGAAGAAGAGGUUGGGAACGGCGUUCAAAAUGAGCGCGAAAUUGCAGGGGUGGACGUGCAGUCCCCAGUGGAUCUUUAUCCGGAAUUGCCCCCACCCUCCUAUGAAGAAUCUUCACAUACUCUACGUGGCGAUAUAAACGAGGAUGACUUGCAUGCUUUCGGACCCUGCGAAUUUGCACCACUCUAUCCCGUUUAUACAUUACCGUUGACUCUGGCGCCAACAGCUCCCGUAACACCUGAGCCAACUCGCGAUGGAUAUAUAAACCAAAAUUUUCAAAAUGAUAAAAUGUAAAUGAAAUCCUGCGAGUUCAUAUAUGUACAUAUCUAGAGGUAGUGAAUUUUACUCGCGAUCUGUUCUGUGUUAACAGUUCGUGUAACAGUAUCUUCUCGAUAAUCGCUACUCGCGAUCACUGUGAAAACUGGAUAUCGGGACAAUUGAAAGUAUUUUUGUGGCAAUAUCGCUGAAAAUCUCAGAUUUCAAUAAUGGAUUUAUAUAGAAUAUGAAAAUUAUUUCAUAACUAAUGCAUGGCCGGCCGUUCUAUUCUCAGAGAGCCAUAAUUACAUCGAAGUAGAGAAAUCAAUCCAUGGGCAAUAGAAAUAAGGGCUGAUGUUAGAAUGCAUUUGAAUGAAUUUUUUAAACCUGACAGAAAUGUGAGAAUUUUAACUUGUUUUUUUUUUGAAGCGCUGAACCGGCGAUUUAACAUAAAACUACAAUGUAAGAUCUUAUUUUUUACAUUUCUUCCCUAUAUCUGUGACAAUUUAUUCAAUAAUUAAAUAAACAUAGCAAAUAUAUGUAAAUAUAAUAUAUAAAUUUGUGAUUACUAUUUAAGCGUUUUCA